CCCCCCCGCGUCCUCCCCCCGCCCUCCUCAGCCUCCCUCCCCGGCGCUCCGCCGGCUGGGUUACGCAGCAGCCGCCGCCAGCGCUGGCAGCACUUGGCGGGAGGGCUUCGCCCCGCCGCUCCCGGAGCAUCUCCAGAGGCAGCGCCCAACGGGGAGCCGGUCCCGGACGGAGGGGGCAGAAUCGGAGGAGGGCCGGGAGCCGGGCAGCAGAAGAAGCACCCAGGCUAAUACGCACGAUACUACCACUAGUAAAGAGUGGGGCGAGGAGGAGGCGCGGCCCUGAGGAGGAGCCCUCGCCCCCGGGCAAGAGCCAGGGGCGGCGCUCGCCGGCAGCCUCCCUCCCUCCUUCCAUCCCUCCUUCCCUUCCCCGCGCCCCGGGCGCCCGUCGGGGCAUGGCCUGAGCCGCCCCCGCCGCCGGCACCAUGGCGGCGGACGCCGGCCUCGACGUGGCGGCGGUGGAAAGUUUCCUCGACAGGCACCCGGAGCUGGUGGAGAAGUGGCUGAAGAGGAGAAACUCGGUGCCCAAGGCGCCCGCGGGCGGCCCGUCCGAGGAGCGGCGGGGGGGCGGCGGCGGCUGGGGCAGCGGGGGCGUCCCCGGCGCGGGGGGGCUGCAGCGGCGGGCGUCCCACAAGGAGCUGCGGAAGAGCUUCGCCCGCUCCAAGGCCAUCCACGUCAACCUCACCUACGACGAGCAUGUGCACGCCCGGGCACAGGAGCCGCUGAGCAGCGUGCGGCGGCGGGCCCUGCUGCGGAAGGCCAGCUCCUUGCCCCCCACCACGGCGCACAUCCUCAGCGCCCUGCUGGAGUCCCGCGUCAGCCUGCCCCAGUACCCCCCGCCCGCCCUGGACUACAAGCGCUACCUCAAGGAGCACAACGAGCGGCAGUUCUUCCUGGAGCUGGUCAAGGACAUCUCCAACGACCUGGACCUCACCAGCCUCAGCUACAAGAUCCUCAUCUUCGUCUGCCUCAUGGUGGACGCCGACCGGGGGUCCCUCUUCCUUGUGGAGGGGGCGGCCGCCGGCAAGAAGAGCCUAGUCUCCAAGUUCUUCGACGUGCACGCCGGCACCCCGCUGCUGCCCUGCGGCUCCACCGAGAACAGCAACGAGGUGCAGGUGCCCUGGGGCAAGGGCAUCAUCGGUUACGUGGCGGAGCACGGAGAGACGGUCAACAUCCCCGACGCCUACCAGGAUCGACGCUUUAAUGAUGAGAUUGACAAACUCACUGGAUACAAGACCAAGUCACUCUUAUGCAUGCCCAUAAGAAACAGUGAUGGAGAAAUUAUUGGUGUUGCCCAAGCAAUAAAUAAGAUUCCUGGAGGUGCCCCCUUUUCUGAUGAUGAUGAAAAAGUAAUGCAGAUGUAUCUCCCAUUCUGUGGGAUUGCCAUAUCCAAUGCCCAGCUGUUUGCAGCUUCAAGGAAGGAGUACGACAGAAGCAGGGCUUUGCUGGAAGUAGUGAAUGACCUCUUCGAAGAACAGACUGACUUAGAGAAAAUUGUCAAGAAAAUUAUGCAUCGGGCCCAAACCCUACUGAAGUGUGAAAGGUGCUCCGUAUUACUUCUAGAAGAUAUUGAAUCACCAGUGGUGAAAUUUACAAAAUCCUUUGAGUUGUUAUCUCCAAAAUGCAGUGCUGAUACUGAAAACAGUUUCAAAGACAGUGUGGAGAAAUCAUCAUCUUACUCUGACUGGCUAAUAAAUAAUAGCAUUGCUGAACUUGUAGCUUCCACGGGUCUCCCAGUGAAUAUCAGCGACGCUUAUCAGGAUCCGCGCUUUGAUGCUGAAGCUGACCAGAUUUCUGGCUUUCACAUAAGGUCUGUUCUGUGUGUUCCUAUAUGGAAUAGCAACCACCAAAUAAUCGGGGUAGCUCAAGUGCUGAACAGGCUUGAUGGGAAACCCUUUGAUGAUGCUGACCAGCGACUGUUUGAGGCUUUUGUUAUUUUUUGUGGCCUCGGCAUCAACAAUACAAUUAUGUAUGACCAAGUGAAGAAAUCCUGGGCAAAACAGUCUGUGGCUCUUGACGUGUUAUCUUAUCAUGCAACUUGUUCAAAGGUAGAAGUGGAUAAAUUUAAGGCAGCAAACAUCCCUCUGGUGUCAGAGCUUGGCAUUGAUGACAUCCAUUUUGAUGACUUCUCACUUGAUGUGGAUGCCAUGAUUACUGCAGCCCUGCGGAUGUUCAUGGAACUUGGAAUGGUUCAGAAAUUUAAAAUUGACUACGAGACACUGUGUAGGUGGCUUUUGACGGUUAGGAAGAAUUAUCGAAUGGUUUUAUACCACAACUGGAGGCAUGCUUUCAACGUGUGCCAGCUAAUGUUUGCCAUGUUAACUACAGCAGGAUUUCAGGAGAUUUUGACUGAAAUUGAAAUUUUAGCUUUGAUUGUGGGAUGCUUAUGUCACGACCUUGACCACAGGGGAACCAACAAUGCCUUCCAAGCCAAGAGCGGAUCAGCCUUAGCUCAGCUCUAUGGCACCUCUGCUACCUUGGAGCACCACCAUUUCAAUCAUGCUGUCAUGAUUCUCCAAAGUGAGGGUCACAACAUCUUUGCUAACUUGUCCUCUAAGGACUACAGUGACCUUAUGCAGCUUCUAAAGCAAUCGAUAUUGGCAACAGACCUCACUCUGUAUUUUGAGAGAAGGACUGAGUUUUUUGAACUUGUCAGUAAAGGUGGUUAUGAUUGGAAUAUAAAGAAACAUCGAGAAAUAUUUCGAUCAAUGCUAAUGACAGCCUGUGACCUUGGAGCUGUGACCAAACCGUGGGAGAUUUCAAGACAGGCGGCUGAGCUGGUAACCAGUGAGUUCUUUGAACAAGGAGACAGAGAAAGAUCUGAACUGAAACUCACCCCGUCAGCCAUUUUUGAUCGGAACAGGAAAGAUGAACUACCCAGGUUGCAGCUCGAGUGGAUUGAUAGCAUCUGCAUGCCAUUGUAUGAGUCUCUAGUGAAGCUGAAUGCGAAACUGAAGCCUAUGCUGGACUCUGUGGCAGUAAACAGAGGUAAAUGGGAGGAGCUGCACCAAAAAAGACUUCCUUCUCAGGCAGCAUCCUCGACCUCCUUUUCCUCUAGCUUUACCGUGUCUCUCAAAGACAUAAAUUAAGCCUGCAAAUGUCAAUGUCUAUUUAUGAUAAAAGCUGUCUGAAAGGCUUCCGUAAGCUUUGGCACACCACUUUUUUUAAGAAAUGCUUUCAGAGACAUGCUUAAUUGAUCGGAUAUUAUCUUGAUGGCAGCCUAGUUUGGUUUUACUCAGAGCUUUAGUCAGUCUGAAGGGAAGGCCUGCGGUGAGAUUGCGCUGGUUUCCGAAAUGACAUGGAAGACAGCACAAGAAGCAUUCAUUCAGCUCCGCUCCAUUUCAACUGCUGCUGUAAAAAUCUGUAAAGCUGACAACAGACUGAAAUAUAAGAACUUGCAGCUUAAUAAAAUUAAUAAUACAGAGCAGAACUGGGAUGCAAGCUGGUCAAUUCACAUGCAAGGAGCUGCAGGAAAGCAGAAUAGUAUGUAAUUACAUUGUUUUGCAUCUCUUCAGUACAUGUUAUGAAUCAAUUAUGCCUGCUUUUGUGAUGUUCCUCUCUCACUCUUCCCUCCUCUUUUAUGCCUGGAUGUUCUGAAAAGCCUGCUUUGUAUUCUGAAGAAGUAUUUUUUUACAACAAAGCUUCUUAGUGAUUGAUCAGGGCCUUUAGAAUUGCCUACCUUUGCUACAUUUAACAACAAACUUUAUUAUCUUUAAAAAUACCAAUCUGUCCCUGCUUCCCUGAGAAAUUCAUAUUAACAAUGCAGUAAAUUUCUCAGCAACGGGAAGCUUGCAUAAAAGCAAAAUAUUGCAUGGUAAUUUUAGAGGGUUGUUGUUUGUUUGUUUGUUUUUAAAUACUCCUUUAACACAGUUUUUUAAAUUACAGUGUCCCCUAAGGAAAAAAAUAAUGGGCUUCAAUGAAAAUAGAAUAAAAAUAAAAAAGAAAAUCUGCUGCCUUAUGCUUCAGGUUUAUAUUAUAUUGAAAACUGGACCGUGGAUAAGCCUUUCUAGUAUAAUCUGCAGCUGAAUGAGUAUUUUGAAAUGACGGAGAGAAAGAGUAUCAUUGGACUGACUACCUCUUCUCUUGCAGUUCUUUCAGUACAAUUUAAGAUGGUUAUUAUUACAGCUAGUGCAGUCCUAGGGUCACACAUAGACAUGUGCAGUAGAGGGAUUCAUUAAAGUUUAAUCAAACACGAUAGGUCACAAAACCAAACAUGUCCAGUUCUAUGUCAUGAUGCUGGUAUUAUGUGAAAGUUGGUCUCCCUCCAUUAGUACAGGGAUCACUAGGGUAGCAAAACUGUGAUCUACGAACUGAGGGUGCUUUCUCUGCUGCGUGACGGGGCACAAGAGGAGUCGUGUUGCAGUGCUUACGAGUUCCCAUUCAUGGGAGAAGAAAAGCCUUUGUACUCCAUGAAAAAUGCGAUGCUAAAUAUAGCAUUGUCUGGCAGCAGAAAUUAAAGCUGAAUUCAGCUUAAUUUUACACCUGUGACAAAGUCCACUUACUUCAUGGAGGUACCUUGAACUGACACCAGCCUCAUGGAAAUCAGAACCUGGCCCAGUGGACCAGAUGCUAUAAGGAGCCUUCCUGCUUUCCAAUGAAAGUGAGUCGUUAGCAGCUUUGAAAAGCUGACUACAUCUGUCUGAUAAUCAAACAGAAACAACAAAUCUGCUGAUCACUUCCUUAAAAAAAAAAAAAAAAAAAAAAGAAAA